AUGGGCAAAUGCAGCGGUUAUGCAAAGCUUGGAGGAUUGGUGUCCAGGGAUCAAUCCGUUAGUGGCUACCAUUUUGCCAUUCUCUUGUCUCCCGUUCUCUCCUUCUGGGAUUGCAUCGUUCGGAAAAUGAGCAUAGCGGGUAAACCCGUAGUGAGGAAAGUGAAGAAGAAGCAGGUGAAAGGUGAGAUGGACCGCCUCAAACAGGCUGAGAAGAAGAAGAGGCGCCUGGAGAAAGCAUUGGCUACUUCAGCUGCCAUUAGGUCCGAACUAGAGAAGAAGAAGCAGAAGAAGAUAGAAGAACAACAGAGGCUCGAUGAAGAGGGUGCUGCAAUAGCAGAGGCAGUAGCGCUGCACGUUCUGCUUGGCGAGGACUCCACUGAUGAUUCCUGUCAGAUUGUACUACAAAAAGAAGAAGGGUUCGAGUUCAACCCGUGGGAUUGUGCCCCUGAAAAUCUCAAUAUCUACAUGGACAAGAGUGGAGCAUCAUUCCUCCCACAUCAUUACUGUGCCGGCGGGGAUGGUGAAUGGUCGUCGUUCUCUUAUGGCUCCCUUGGUGGAAUGGAUGUACGAGGAUCGUACUUUGGUGAUGAACGUAGCUGGGGAGCUGCAGCGGAGUUCUCGGCUGGUCUUAUUGCGGCUCAGGCUGUUUCAUCUCUACAGAUUGGGGAGGAUGAUGCUGUCGACACAUUCGUCUUGGACGGAAUGCUGAGGGGGUAG